AUGGCAUCGGCAUCACGCACUCUGGCUCGCGCGAGCCUGAGGUCAUCCUCAUCUCAUCUCCAGGCUGCCUCCCGAUCCGCCAGCGCUGCUGCCAGGCCUCGCAUGAUCGCACAGCGGGGCUUUGCCAGCUCUAGCGUGCAAUCAUCAGACAAGCUCAUGGUUCACCGCGAUACAGACUACAAGUGGGUAGCAUCCCCAGUCCCUGGUCCUUGUUCGCUCGCGGCUCCAGCUGACAAGAAGCACUAUGCGUCUGUCAAAAUCGUAGCAACCCUUCUAUUCCCUUCGAAUUUAAUGCAGAGACGCUGAAGCAAGCGGAGGAGAUCAUCUCUCAUUAUCCACCCCAGUACAAGAAAGCAGCGGUCAUCCCUCUGCUCGAUUUGGGCCAAAGGCAGAAUUCGGGCUGGGUAUCCAUCAGCGUGAUGAACUAUGUAGCGAAGUUGCUGGAGAUGCCACCCAUGCGCGUGUACGAGGUUGCUUCCUUCUACACCAUGUUCAAUCGGUAAGCAACCACGAAAGUUCAUUUGCCUUCACACCUCACUCUGACGCAUCAUUCUCAUCUGCGAUCCACGUCCCGCGCUCAGUGAGCCCGUUGGCAAGCACUUUGUUCAGCUUUGCACCACCACACCUUGCAUGCUUGGUGGCUGCGGCAGUACCUCCAUCCUCGAGACCAUCGAGAAGCAUCUCGGCAUCAAGCAGGGCCAGACUACCGACGACAAGCUCUUUACGUUGAUUGAAGUCGAAUGCCUGGGGUGAGCACUGAGCUGGUUGCGUGGGUCAAUUGGCUUGGCGCGCGGCUGACUUUAGCAAAUAUGGCCACACAGCGCUUGUGCAAAUGCACCCAUGAUGCAGGUCAACGACGACUUUUACGUGAGUUGCAGUUUCGUAGCGAACUUGCGGCAGAGGCCAUCCCUAAUCACUAGCCUUGCCUUGCCAUUACGCGUGCGACAGGAGGAUCUGACGCCGGAGACUACAAUCAAAGUGCUGGACGCAUUGAGGAAUGGCCAACCCAUCAAGCCCGGUCCUCAGAGCGCCAGACACUCGAGCGAGCCUGCAAGUGGAAGGACGGCGCUCGUCUCAGAGGUGAGUCAAGACGUGUCGCCUGCACUACAGCGGCGUGCUAAUUACCUCAAUCGUCCUCUCAGCCUUAUGCGACUCAGCACAAUGUCCAAGAAUUCGCGUAG